AUGACUAACCGUGGUAGAGGAACCGGAGGAGCAUCUAGCUCGAGUGCACCACGGGUGGAAGAUCCAAGAGUGGAUGGUGUGCUCAAAGCUUUGAAGCAAAUUGGAGAGUUACUAAACAGGCGGGCCCAUAAAAGAGCCGCCACGACAGCAAGUCAAGCCGAGGAAAGGGUUGCUACUGCGGCCCAAGCCGCCCAGGCCGCAGCUGCUGUUGUUCACGCCGCACCGGGAUUUAACGAGAAAGGUGACCCAGAGUUAGCACCUAGGCGGAUCGCUAAAAUGGAGAAGUGUUUUAGGGUUAUAGGUUGUACCGAGACCGAAAAGGUAACCCCGGCAACGUAUCGGCUGCAAGAUUUGACUCAUGAUUGGUGGAUGGCCACGAGUAGCAUAGUGUUCCCGGAAGGUGUGGGACGGAUGUGGGCUACCUUUGCCCAAGUGUUUAACAAUAAGUAUUUCUCUGUGGCUGCUCGAGAACGCAAAAUGAGAGAGUUUCGGGAUCUCCGUCAAGGGAACAUGACGAUAGAGCAAUAUGAGAUAGAAUUCACGGGAUUGGCUAAGUAUGCCCCGAGGAUGGUUGAGAACCCGGAAGACAAUGCUAUGAGGUUUCGGGAUGGGUUACAACCAGAGCUUCGUAGCCGGUUGAUAGCUUUGAAUCCGAACACCUAUGAAUAG